GGCUGACGCACAAAAAAGGCAAACUAGAACCUGAAAAGCAACGGCAACGCGCGCAAUAAACCAACAACCAAAACCGAAAUAAGAAUUGCAUUGAUCGGAGCUUUCUGUCGUCUCGGAUCCGAUUUACCGGGUCCCGUACAAUCCAUUCCGAUUAAUUCCAGCAGAAUUGAUUGAUCGGAGAUUAGGUACAAAGAGAAAUCAUGUGGGUGUUUUACCUGAUUUCGCUGCCUCUAACCCUAGGGAUGGCUAUUUUGACAUUAAAAUAUUUUUCCGGGCCGGAAGUUCCUCGAUAUGUGUUCUUGACCGUUGGAUACACCUGGUUCUGUUCACUCUCCAUCAUCAUCCUUGUCCCCGCCGACAUCUAUACGGCAAAAUUUCAUCUUGACAAUGGAGCUGUUUCUUUCUUUUGGAGCUGGUCAUAUUGGAGUACGUUUUUACUUACUUGGGCUGUGGUGCCCCUUAUCCAGGGUUAUGAAGAUGCUGGAGACUUCACCGUGACAGAAAGAUUAAAGACCAGUGUACAUGCUAACUUAGUCUUCUAUUUAAUUGUGGGAGCUAUUGGACUCUUUGGGCUUAUUCUCCUCAUCGCUAUGAAUAAUAUAAAGAGUGGAGUGCUCGGUCUUGCCAUGGCAUGCUCGAAUACAUUUGGACUUGUGACAGGUGCUUUCCUUCUUGGUUUUGGUUUGAGUGAAAUUCCAAAGAGUCUUUGGAGAAAUGCAUCUUGGAUUACACGCCAGAAAGUUCUUUCUCACAAAAUUGCCAAAAUGGCUGUUAAACUCGAUGAAGCUCAUCAAGAACUUUCAAAUGCUAUUGUAGUUGCUCAAGCAACAUCCAAUCAGAUGUCAAAGCGUGACCCUUUGAGACCUUACAUGGAUGUUAUAGAUAAUAUGCUCGCUCAAAUGUUUAGAGAAGACCCAUCCUUUAAACCGCAAGGUGGCCGAUUGGGGGAAAAUGAUAUGGACUAUGAUACAGAUGAUAAAUCAAUGGCAACACUUAGACGGAAUCUUAGAGGAGCUCGUGAGGGGUAUUAUCGUUACAAAAGUGAGUAUAUGACGUAUGUCUUGGAAGCUCUUGAACUGGAGGAUACGAUAAAGAAUUAUGAACGUGGCAGUUCUACUGGAUGGAAAUAUAUUUCAAGCUUCAGACCUGCUCAAACUGGUAAACUGGCGCCCCUCUUCGAUACAAUGGAAUUUGUUUGGCGAUGCAUCCUUAAAAAACAAUUUGAGAAGCUCUUUGCUAUCAUACUGGGUACUAUGUCAAUUGCAAUUCUUUUAGCAGAGGCAACUCUGUUACCAACUGGAGUUAAUCUCUCACUUUUCUCACUCCUUAUAAACUCUGUGGGAAAGCAAGAGCUGCUUAUGCAGGUUUUUGCUUUUGUACCCUUGAUGUAUAUGUGCAUCUGCACGUACUAUUCUUUAUUCAAAAUUGGAAUGCUAAUGUUCUACUCAUUCACACCUAGACAGACAAGUUCAGUCAGCUUGCUCAUGAUUUGCUCGAUGGUUGCUCGAUAUGCUCCUCCAAUUUCAUACAACUUUCUCAACCUCAUCAAUAUUAAAGCUGAAACCAUAUUUGAAAAGAGGAUGGGAAAAAUUGAUAAAGCGGUACCUUUCUUUGGAGAUGGAUUUAACAGAAUCUAUCCUCUCAUAAUGGUUAUAUAUACUCUGUUGGUUGCUAGCAAUUUCUUUGAUCGUGUAAUUGGCUUCUUUGUGAGUUGGAAGAGGUUUAGGUUUCAGACGGAAGCAGAUGAUACUGAUGGAUUUGAUCCAUCAGGGCUCAUUAUUCUACAAAAAGAACGAUCUUGGCUAGAACAAGGACUAAAAGUUGGCGAGCAUGUUAUCCCACUGGCAAGAAACUUCAACGGUGUGGAUAUUGAAUCUGGCAGCAAUUCCACUGAAAGGACUGCUGUAGAAAUGAAGGCAACAACUGAUAUGAAGGGGAGUGCGUCAACAACUUUGAAAGAAGAUGGUCGUCGACAUAGCUCCAGCAGAGAAGCCAUAAGCAACAAGUACGCUGCUGUGAGAGAGCAGAGUAGACUUGCAAAUAAACCUAUGGAGAAGACAAUCGCCUCUGCUAAGGUGUCAUUGCUGAAUACUGGAAACUCUGAAUUGAACAAUACAACAGAGGGCCCGUCUUCUGGAUUGGCAUCAAAAUGGGAAUCAAUGAAGAAUGGGUUUCAAAAUUUUAAGGCAAAUAUAGGGGCAAAAAAAUUUCUUCCAUUACGCCAAAUGCAAGAAGCCAACCUUGUCUCCCGUAAUUCGUCAUCCGAGUCUCUCGAUGAGAUAUUCCAGAAAUUGAAACGACCAUCUUAUGAACGUGGGAAUAACAGUGAUGACGAUGAGAAUACAAAAUGAGAUGAUAUCAGGCCAGUGGCAGAUGAUUUUAGAUCUGCCGAUAAAUACGAACCUGAUGGAUGAUGUACAGAUAAUGGGUGAUAACCCAUUGCAUACCGCAAUUUUUCUGCAGAAGUUGGAGAAGAUUUUAUCCGUGAGAUGGAGAUAACUUCAUGCAUACAUCAGAGACGAGAUAGAAAAACACGGUAGGAGCGUAAAAGUAGAAAACAAAAGGUGAUAGCUGAUUGUUUGUAGAAGAAAUUUUGCCAUAUAAAUCGCAUUCACUCUUAUGUGUUACAAAUAUUGAAAAAUGUCCCUAAUGCUCUGAAUGCCGUUGGACUGUAGAAAAUGUUGUUAGCAACUAUUAGAUACAGUGAAUGAACUGUAAUUGUGAAAA